AUGCCUGUCGGCGGCUGCUUCUGCGGAAACAUCCGCCUUGAAUCUGAUGUCCAGCCUGUCACCAGUGCUCUCUGCCACUGCACCGACUGCCGCAAACUGACCGGAACCCUAUUCACCUACAGCUUCGUCUUCAAACGGCCCGAUAUCAGCAUCACGGGGAACCCCAAAGAGAUCGCGAAAUCGUCUGAUAGCGGCAACAGAAUCAAGAAUUAUUUCUGUCCUGAUUGCGGAACGCCAAUCUAUGGAUUCAAAAUCAAGCCUUCUGGAGAAGAAGAUGAGAUUCUGAUUGUCCGGGCGGGGAUAUUUGAUGAUAUGGAGCUGCUGAAUGAGCAGAGACCUGUUGCUGAGUUGUAUGUUAAGGGCAGGGUGGGCUGGGUGUGUCCUCUCGAGGGGACGCAGCAGUUUGAGGGGAUGUUGCCGGUGCCGUUGUGA